GGAUGGACUGUUCCAAAUGGGAGAAAGAGCAUCUGGGAGCUAAUAUGUAGUAUAUACCUUAGGUACCUAGGUACUAUACGCUACAUAGUAUGUAGUAAUGUACAUCAGGCAGGAACCCUGUUCUGAUUUUGUUCUUGCUUUUUGUUCCUUGUUGUCCUGCUGUCCGGGCUGUCUUGUCUUUUCUACUUCCCCCCCCCUUGUCUUUCUCUGCGGCCGCCACGAGAUGUUGUCCCGUCUCUCCCCCUGCUAAAUAAAUAACUGCCCUCACAUUCCUUUUCGUUUUGGACAAUUUUCUGAUUCCUCUCUUUUCAACUCCUCCAGAGUCCAGAGUCUAUAGUCCACGCAAACAAUAUAUCGCUCAUUCUUUUCCAGGAGCAGUGCUCACUGACUACGUUCCUUCUUGGUGCAACUGCUUCGACACACUCAUUCUUGAAGGAAGAGACUCGAAAUCGAUACUACUCAAUCCUUAACUGCAAAUUUUACAACCACACAAGGACAGCAAGUUUUUUUUUGUUUGUUCAGCAAAACUUGACACGCUUUUGAAGAUAUAUUCCCUUCCGGCUGGAUCCCCCUUGAUUUACAUCGCACAACAUUGGUUUUGUCUUCCUGAAGAUAUAUUAUAGCAGUUAACACUAUCCAAUAUGAAGACCGCAACUAUUGCCGCUGCUUUUCUGGCCUCAGUCGCCGUUGCUCAGCCUCAUGGUCACAAACGUCAUCACCAUGAGAAGCGAGAACUAGUUACUGAGUGGGAAACCGUCUGGGAAACGGCUACUGUCGUCAUUGAUGAUGACUCUACUCAAACAAUUCCCCCGUCGCCUCAGGAGACAAGCUCAGACAAUCCUGCCCAGUUCUUUGAGACCCCUACCUACAGCGCCAGCAGUGUUAUUGAGACCCCCACGGUUGAGACUCCUACUGUUGUCGAGACUCCUACUGUCGAGACUCCUAGGGUUGAACCUUCGACGCCAACUACUACCUUCAUCAGCAUUACCCAGCCUACCUACCAGGCUCCCUCUCCAACCACCACAAGCACAUAUGAGGCAGCCCCUACUCAACAGACUACGGAAACCCCUGCUGCGCCACCGACCAGCACCUACGUUGCUGCCCCCCCGGCAUCUUCAAGCAGCUCCGGCGGUAGCUCCGGCGGCAGCACCGGUAGCUCCGGAAUUCCGUACGGCAAGAAGUUUGACGGCGAAAUCACCUAUUACAAUGCUGCCCUGGGCGCCUGUGGUUAUGAAGAUGUAGGCAAGGAUGACUCUGAGAACAUCGUCGCUAUCCCUAAACAGUUCUGGGACAACAUCAGCACGGCGACCAGCUACGGUAUCGACCAGCCCGCGCAUCCCCUUUGCGACAAAACCAUCACGAUCACUGCCUCCAACGGCAAGACCACCAAGGCUAAGAUUCGUGACCGCUGCGACGGCUGUGUCAACCUUGCCAUCGAUGUUACCCCCCACACCUUCCUCGACCUCUUCGACUCUCUGGAUGGUGGUCGUCUCGAGUGCUCCUGGACCAUCGACGAGUAAAUCUAAGACGCUCAUUUACGCAUUUCCCGGCUCUUAGUUGCCGCGCCGGAUCAUAUACCAGACACCAAAAAAAAUAAAUUGUUUUUCUGUUUCUUGGGCUACUUGCGCGGCGAAAAGCACGGGGAUAGCAUGGGUCCCUUGACGACGAACGGGCACUUAAAAAAAAGGCCUUGAUGACGAUAUUCUUUUCUGAAACGGUGGCGUUUUUUAUUGGACGCCGCUGUCAAUUAUACGAAGGGGAAAAGCGUUGGGCGCUUAUUACCAGGAUUGGUUGGUUGGUAACUAGGUGUUAGCAACACCUCUAGGAGGUUUACACAUUUUUG